ACUGCGGUUGUGGUGGAACCGAAAUAGAGAUAAGCUGCUCUGUCCAUUCUCCUUUCCAUCUGCCAUUCCGACCAAUAUGGCUAAGCUUGCGCUCCUCAUCCGAGGAACUGCGCUGCUGCUCUGCCUAUUGGUCUUCCAAGCAGCAUCCACUUCCGAUGGCCAAGCGAGUGUAUCAAGAGCCUGCAUCGGCAGCGAGCGAGAUGCGCUUCUGUCCUUCAAGGCAAGCCUCCUGGACCCUGCUGGCCGUCUCUCGUCAUGGCAGGGUGAGGAUUGUUGCCAGUGGAAGGGAGUCCGGUGCAGCAACAGAACUGGCCAUCUCAUCAAGCUCAACCUCCGCAACGUCGAUAUGGAAGACUACAGCUACUACAUGUACGACUACAGCUACUACAUGGUUGACUACAGCUACCCGAACAUGAGCAGUUCAUUGAGCUUGUCGGCGGGCGAGAUGAGCUCUUCUUUGGCGACUUUACAACACCUGAGGUAUCUUGACCUGAGCUGGAAUGACUUCAAUGGCACAAGCAUCCCUGUCUUCUUGUCUUCUCUCAAGAACCUAAGGUAUCUCAACCUCUCAUCGGCAGGAUUCAGUGGGAGAAUACCUUCUCAACUUGGCAAUCUCUCAAAGUUGCAAUAUCUUGAUCUCAGUUGGAAUUAUUAUUAUUAUUAUUAUUAUGAAAAUAAGUCUUACAUAGUGGAUCUUGCAUGGUUGCCACGUCUCUCUUUGUUGAGACAUCUUGACAUGAGUUAUGUGGAUCUUGGUUCUGCGAGGGAUUGGUUUCAGAGGGUUAAUAUGCUUCCUUCUCUUAAAGUGCUUCGCUUGUCCGACUGUGGUCUCAAUGGCACCGUGUCUGCUAGUAUAUCAAUUUCCAACCUGACACAUCUGGAGGUCCUUGAUAUGUCUGGUAACACCUUCAGAAUACCUUCCCAAUUUGGAAAUCUCUCAAAGCUGCAAUAUCUUGAUUUCAGUGGGAAUUAUUAUCCUGAUGUGGCUCUUGCAUGGUUGCCACGUCUCUCUUUGUUGAGACAUCUUGAUAUGAGUAAUGUGGAUCUUGGUUCUGCGAGGGAUUGGCUUCAGAGAGUUAAUAUGCUUCCUUCUCUUAAAGUGCUUCGCUUGUCCUUUUGUGGACUCAAUGGUACCAUGUCUGCUAGUGUAUCACUUUCAAACCUCACACACCUCGAAGUCCUUGAUAUGAAUGAUAACACCUUCCACACUUCACUCAAGCAUGCGUGGUUUUGGAAUCUCACGGGCCUUAAAGUGCUUCACCUCUCAGAUUCCGGCUUGGAAGGGUCCAUUCCUAGUGAUUUGGCAAAUAUGGCGUCCCUUCAAGUCAUAGACUUUAGUUGGAACAAUCUUGUGGGUUUGAUACCAAAGAAAUUAGAAAAUUUGUGCAAUUUGACAAGUAUGAGGUUCAGCUAUAACAACAUAGGUUUGAGCCUAGAGGAGUUCAUGGAGCGAUUGCCAAAGUGCUCAUGGAAUACACUACAAGAAUUGACACUGGGGAGUGCAAGUAUGACCGGGAAUCUACCCAUUUGGAUUGGCAACAUGACCAAUCUUAGUAUUCUUCAAGCAGAUAGCAACAUGUUGACUGGCCCUUUGCCUGUAGGAGUUGGAGCACUAGGUAAUUUGAAAAUAUUGGACCUGAGCUACAAUAAGUUCAGCGGUGUGAUGUUGAAAGAACAUUUUACAAGCUUAGGCAAAUUAGAGUUUUUGUACCUCAACUCCAAUAAGUUGAGCGGUGUGCUAUUGAAAGAACAUUUUGCAAGUUUAGGCAACUUAAAGCUUUUGGAUCUCAGCUGCAAUAACUUAAACAGUGUAAAAGAUCAAUUUGCAAGCUUAGGCAAAUUAGAGUAUUUGGACCUCAGCUACAAUAACUUGAGCGGUGUGCUAUUGAAAGAACAUUUUGCAAGUUUAGGCAACUUAAAGGUUUUGGAGCUCAGCUACAAUAGCUUCAACAGUGUGAAAGAACAAUUUGCAAGCUUAGGCAAAUUAGAGCGUUUGGACCUUAGCCACAAUAACUUGAGCGGUGUGCUAUUGAAAGAACAUUUUUCUGGUUUAGGCAACUUAAAGGUAUUGGAGCUCAGCUACAAUAACUUCAGCAGUGUGAAAGAACAAUUUGCAAGCUUAGGCAAAUUAGAGCAAUUGGACCUUAGCCACAAUAACUUGAGCGGUGUGCUAUUGAAAGAACAUUUUGCUGGUUUAGGCAACUUAAAGGUUUUGGAGCUCAGCUACAAUAGCUUCAGCAGUGUGAAAGAACAAUUUGCAAGCUUAGGCAAAUUAGAGAAUUUGAACCUCAGCCACAAUAUCUUCAGAGGUGUGCUCUUGAAAGAACAUUUUGCAAGUCUGGGCAACUUAAAGCUUUUGGACCUCAGCUACAACAAAUUCAGUGGUGUGCUCUUCAAGGAAGAUUUUGCAAGUUUAGGUAAUUUGGAGCAUUUGGACCUCAGCUAUAAUAACUUCAGUGAUUUUCUUUUGAAAGAAUGCUCAACAAGUUUAGUUAAUUUAAAGCAUCUGGAUCUUAGCCAUAAUAAAUUAGAUAGUGUGCUCGUGGAGGAGCAUUUUGCAGGCCUAUUGAAUCUAGAGUAUCUGGACUUGUCGUACAACUCUUUGAGAUUUGCUAUCGACAAAAAAUGGAUCCCUCCCUUUAGAUUGAAAGUUGCAAGAUUUCGGUCAUGCCUACUAGGCCCCAAUUUUCCAGAAUGGCUUAAAUCGCAAUCAAACAUUGAGGUUCUUGUUCUCAGUAAUGCGAAUCUGGAUGACAUUAUUCCUGAUUGGUUUUGGGUGACAUUUUCCCAAGCUUCAUUCCUGCAAGCAUCAGGAAACAAAUUGCAUGGCUCAUUACCGGCACAGUUGCCUAUAAAUAUAGUACGACUGAACCUAUCUUCAAACUCUUUAUCUGGUUCAUUGCCAUCAGAGUUAAAUGCUCCACUACUCGAAGAGUUGUUGCUUGCAAACAAUCAAUUCAUAGGCACCAUCCCAUCGUCUAUAUGCCAAUUGACUAAACUGAAAAGGUUGGACCUAUCAGGAAACCAGUUAACAGGAGAUAUUAUGCAGUGCCAAAAGGAACUUGUUCCAAACUCUACAGAUCAAUUUGGCUCUGACAUGCUGAGCUUAGCCUUGAAUAACAAUGAUCUCACUGGUGAAUUCCCUAAAUUUCUUCAAAGGUCAUCAGGAUUAAUGUUCCUUGAUCUUUCUUACAACAGGUUAUUUGGAGGAUUGCCAGAAUGGUUACCCCAAAAAAUGCCACACUUGAAAAUAUUAAGAGUGAGAUCAAAUAUGUUCAGUGGUCAUAUUCCUAAGAGUCUCACUUCCCUUCAUGGUCUUCAUUAUUUGGACAUAGCACAUAACAAGAUAACAGGAAGCAUACCAUGGUCUUUGUCAAAUCUGAAGGCAAUGAUGACAGUGGUGUCACAUGACACGGGGGAUUACAUAUAUGAAGAAAGCAUCCCAGUAAUCACAAAGGACCAAAAGCGUGACUACACCUUUGCAAUUUACCAGCUCCUGGUAGUUCUUGAUCUGUCAAGUAAUAGUUUGGCAGGACAGAUUCCAAAGGAGAUGCCUUUACUCAUUGGGCUUACCAAUCUGAACUUGUCAAACAACCACCUCACAGGAGCAAUCCCAAACAAAAUUGGUGAUUUAAGGCAGUUGGACUCACUCGACCUAUCCUUUAAUGAGUUUUCUGGUUCAAUACCAUCAAGUUUGUCAGCUUUAACUUAUUUGAGCCACUUGAACUUGUCAUACAACAAUCUGUCCGGUGCAAUACCAUCCGGACAACAACUACAAGCUCUUGAUAACCAGAUGUAUAUCUACAUCGGUAACCCUGGUCUUUGUGGAGAUCCUGUCAGCAGGAACUGCUCAACACAUGAUGCAGAGCAAAGUGCCCUCGAAGAUAUAGAUCAUAUACCAUCUGUUUAUCUUGCCAUGAGCAUUGGAUUUGUGGUGGGUCUGUGGACAGUUUUCUGCACCAUGUUGAUGAAGAGGACAUGGAGGGCUGCCUUCUUCCAGUUUGUUGAUAUGAUGUACGACAUGGUUUAUGUGCAAGUGGCUGUAAGGUGGGCUCACAUGAUGGAGAAAACUCAAGACGGUGCACCAUGAAGUGCCCAACUCUGCUGCAGCCGAAUUUUUUGUAUCCAUAUGCUAUUUGUAUGUUUGCACCAUAUCUCUAUUUGUAACCCUAAAGGGGUCUUGGCUGGACGUAUGUAUUGUACUGAUGUAUUGGUAUUUUGUAUGUUUUGUACUGUAACAAAUGAAGUGUAUAUGUUUGUGGAUUAUUUAAGCUGAAGUCAGCCAUUGUUCGCUC